UAUUGGCGACUGAAAUGAAAUAAAGAUUGUACUCGCUGAACAUUACGUUUCCUCUUUAUUGCGCACUGUCCGUUUAAGAAGCGGAUCAUCAGCCUCCAUUCCUCAGCCAUUCGGAAGCAGCUCCUGAUUUUCCGAGUAAAGCCGAGCAGAGCCGAAAUGAGGCGCAGGGUCGGAUCCGCUCUUCCUUACCCACCAUUGCAAACCUCUGUUCUUGGGCUCCCCCACCCCUCUUCUCUUUUGGUUACGUUUUCUUUGUCAUUAUUUAUUGCAACUGUCGCGGUGGAUUCUGACCGCUUCGAUACAUCCCUUUAUUUAUUCAGCCCGGGCUUUAACUAUUGAAACCUUUUUUUCCAGGAAGAAGAAGCCAGCGCAGCUCGUUUUAAAAUUAAUAUCCAACGCCUAUGUGUGUGAGCGGAAUGAGCGCCUGUCCACAGCUCGAGUGGAUCGCACUGCCGGAGGCAGGAGGCGAGCGCUGGCAGCGCGGAGGUGCGAGCGGCUCGAGGAUGUAUGUGCGGCACUAAGAGGGGGUGACACCAUGGCAAAAUAAGGCUAUGCACCAGGAAGUCCGAGCCUCCAAAACAGCCCAGCACGGCUGAACACAGCAUUCUCUUCUUGUCCCUUUCUUUUUGAUUUUAGUCGUCACCCCGGUUUGAGGCAGUGGUUGACAGAAUGUGAAGCCAAUUUCCACGCUGGAGACACGUCAAGGAAAUACAUAUUGGGCUUGCGUUAAUGUCUUUUUUAUUGAUAUUUUGUAGAACCGGCAUUUUCCUGUCCUAUUGGAAUAUUGAAGUAUGAUGGUUUAAAACAAAAUCCGAAGACAUGACAUGGGUUAGAAAGAAGAAGAAACGCUUAGCUUUGAUGAUUAAGAUCUGCCAGUCUCCGUUAAGUUUUUCAGCAUUGGCAUAUUUUUUAACUAAUACCCCUUAUAACGGGAAAUAGCCGUUAUUGUUUUGUGGGGUUCUUUCUUCUUCUUUUUUUUUUUUUUUUUGCAGCUUUUAGUUGAGAGAGGAUAUAUCUGACCCACCACCUAUGAACACGGACUCAUGUUUUUGUUAUAUGGUUUUGUUUUUUUAAUCUUAUUUGCUGUGUGAUUUCAUUUAAACGGAGCCACCCAUUCUUUUUUCUAGGGAAAUAUAUUCUUGUGGUGGGUGUUCAUUUAAUGAACUCAGAUUUUUUUUUUCUGCUGCCGCCACUAGCAGUAACUAAAAUGGCCUGGAAUUAAAACUGCAGCCUUUGUCUUCAUCACAAAGGAGAGAGAUGAAGCAACAUAACAGAAAGUUAAGGUCAUUACCACGCUGAAGAGGAAAGAAGUUAAGAAACGCAACAUUUUGGCUGUAUAGCCAUCAUCAGGUGCCGCUGAAGAACAUGGGGCACUGCAGAUUUAAGAAGCCCAACCUCAGCUGCUGAAAACAGAAGAGGGGAAAGCAGGGCUUAGCCCUGAACACGUUAGAGUAAGAAAAGAAAGUGGAGAGAGAGAACAGGAAGCCAAGGAAUGGCCAAUGCAAGUGAGAGCAGUGAGGGACCCAACCACCCCAUGGUGGCCGGUUCCUCUGCAGUUUCCACGUAUGUUAAGCUGGUUCUUCUUGGAUUGAUCAUUUGCAUCAGCCUGGUGGGUAACCUGGUGCUGUCCUUGCUAGUUCUCAAGGACCGAGCACUCCACAAAGCCCCUUAUUACUUCCUCUUGGACCUUUGUCUGGCAGAUACCAUCCGUUCAGCGGUCUGCUUUCCUUUUGUCCUUGUGUCCAUUAAAAAUGGCUCUGCUUGGACAUACAGUGUUCUUAGCUGCAAAAUUGUAGCCUUCAUGGCAGUCCUCUUUUGCUUUCAUGCUGCCUUCAUGCUGUUUUGCAUUAGUGUAACACGUUACAUGGCCAUUGCCCAUCAUCGUUUUUAUUCAAAGCGAAUGACCUUCUGGACUUGUGUAGCUGUAGUUUGCAUGGUGUGGACGCUGUCUGUGGCCAUGGCAUUUCCUCCUGUUUUUGAUGUUGGCACUUACAAGUUUAUCAGAGAAGAGGACCAGUGCAUUUUUGAGCACCGCUAUUUCAAAGCCAACGACACUUUGGGUUUCAUGCUGAUGUUGGCCGUUCUAAUCCUGGCCACCCAUGUAGUUUAUAUGAAACUCCUGCUGUUUGAAUAUAAACAUCGGAAAAUGAAGCCAGUCCAGAUGGUGCCUGCCAUCAGUCAGAACUGGACGUUCCAUGGGCCAGGAGCUACCGGUCAAGCAGCUGCCAACUGGAUAGCAGGUUUUGGACGGGGGCCAAUGCCUCCCACCUUGCUGGGUAUACGGCAGAAUGUCCACAACCAGAACCGACGACUUCUAGGAAUGGAUGAGUUUAAAGUGGAGAAAAGAUUGGGAAGAAUGUUUUAUGUGAUCACCUUGUUCUUUUUGGUUCUCUGGUCACCGUAUAUUGUGGCCUGUUAUUGGCGAGUUUUUGUUAAGGCCUGCACCAUACCCCACAGGUACCUCUCCACUGCAGUGUGGAUGAGCUUUGCCCAGGCCGGGGUCAAUCCUAUCAUCUGCUUCUUCCUCAAUAAAGACCUGAAGAAGGGACUUCUAGCUCACCUACCCUCCUGCUGUAGGACUAAACCGCAACUGCCCCGGGAGCCCUACUGCGUUAUGUGAGGGCUUGUGCAAGAGUGUAAGUGUGUAAUGAUGUGUGUAUACAGAUGUGUCAAAACUUAAGAAUAUUGCCCUCUCCAUCGAGAUCUCCAUCGAGAUGUUGUCCAUUAUUCCUUUGUUAGAAAGGUUGAGAACCAAUGUUAGGAACCUUUUUAUAAAAAGAAUGUCAGAUACUGAUAUCUUUAGAGCCUUAACAUUUAGGAUUGGCCAGACCACAUUCUGACAUCUUUACUGAAGGGAUAGCAUGGGGUUUACUGAGAAGGAGCACAGGACCAAGUUAUUAUUAUUGGCAAGUCUGUUUAGUUAAUCCAACACUUUAACUAGUUGUGUUUUAAUACACAAGGUUUUAUACAUUUGCUAUCCUCUUCCAUUUUUUGUUCUAUAAUAUGAAGAAAUAAUCUGGCAAAAGCAAUCUGUUUGAAGGGGAUCUCUUCUAAUUUACAGUUUAUAAACAUGUUCAAAUCAGAAGAGAUGCUCCUCUUCAUGAGCGUUUCUGCCUGUAGAACUAAAAGAGCUAUAUCAGUAUUGGCAAUCUAAGAUGCAAACAGUUGCAUGUUAAUUUAUUGCCCCAGCCUUCCACUGCAGUGUUUCUGUACCAUUAUAUAGCACUGACAUUCGGCAUUUGCUCUUACACAGUGGGCUAAGGCAGCUGCAUUGCUGCAGUAGCACUGACGUCCCACCCUGGCCUGAUUUGCACAGUUAAAAUCCAUUUGUCUUGUGUUUAAGACUAGUGGACACAGAUUCUUAAUAUGAGUCUUUAUUUCCUACUUACAUGUUUGUUUUGAGUGAGCUAGCCAAUUUCUUAAAUCAUGCAUACCCCCAAAGUGUGUUUUUUUUUUAAAUAGUGGAUAAAGGUAAAAAAACUCUGUGAUAAAAAUCUGAUAUUUCCAGCCCCUCACCAAAUAGUGCUGAAUUUGCCAUAAGGCUGAAAUUAAAAACCAGUAUUAGAAAUAUUUUGGAAGAACAAAUUAUAGAAGUGGCAUGGAUUUGCUUUUAAAUUUUGAAUCUCUGAUAUUAUUUUAGGGUCCAGUCUCUGUCUGAAACUUAGAUUAUAUUACAAGCAUAUCAGUCCACAGGUGUUGGAGGGUUUCAUUGUUUAAACAGGAUAAAAGUCUCUUCUCUUGCAAUGCCUACAGCAGUGAAUAGUGUGACAGAGCCUACAUGGAGUUUUAUUCAUAGUAAAUGUUUCCUAAACUGCUAUUGCUGCAAGGAGAAAUAUGCAGCUUUAAAAUAAGCCACACGAAAGCAAGAGCAAAACAGUAGUUGUGACAUUUACUACAAGGAUGUUUUUUAUCAAAUACUGAGACAUCAGGACUUGGUUUGUUGCCUUGCCACUGGCAAGUUCAACAAGAAGUGGCCAUAGAGUGUUGUUGAAAGUGUAUUCAGUCCCUGCCAGCUACACAGUACUCAGCUGGACCCUCAAAGUCACAGUAAUGGUGGGUGGCCCCAAAGCAAAAACAAGCUAAUGUGGUGUGAGAUUCACCAUUGCUUGUGUUUCAGGCUUCAUAGUCUUAUUUAUUUAUAAAUGUAUACAUUUAUGUAUCUAUUUAUUUAUUGUCCUUCAUGUUUAUUUAUUUGUUUGUUUGCUAUAAUAGAUUUGUGAGGGAGGCUUAUACACUCAGUAUGAAAUUGCAGGAAAAUAAAUGUGUGGUGUGCCAAAGAAAAAUAAGUAGAUAUUGUUUAGUAGAGCAAAAAACAAUACUAGAGUCAUUCUGAACUUGUCACUCAGCCCAACAGCAUGUAUUUGAUAAAUGAAAUCCAUAUAUAUAUACAAAGAGAGAGAAGAUGAACUGCAAUCGAAAGAGAUACUCACUCAAAAGUAAACCAGAACCCAAGCACCUGAGGUGGCACCGCACCAGCCAGUGUUAUGUGUAGAGUGGUAAAGGGUUAAUUUUAUGUGUAUUUUUAAUACAAACUAUCUGUUCCCAUAUUCAUGGCAUAUCUAGAACUGAAUGUGCUUUUAAGCAGUAGGGCUUUGGCUUUACAGAUAGUGUUCAUCUCACUUUACACUUGCUUUAGAACAUAAUGCAAGAAGGCAGAUGUUCCAGUGACAUUUCAACAACACAAAUUCAUUUUGAAGUGUUACUGCAAAUUCAAGAAUUUAAGUGACAUGUAAAUAUAAUGAUAAGAGAGGCUGCAGUUAAACUUCCAACAUGACUUCCAAUACUCUAGGGGGUCUGGCUCAACCACGAGGUGUGGAAUUGUGCGGUGUAACACCAGUUUACGUGUCUGCCAGUACUGUAAGGUGAAGUGCGGUAGCUGAGAGUUCAGUGGGCAAGUGUGAGACAGGUUUUCAACACUGCUAAGUGCAGAGUGCAUGUGCCAUAGAUGCUUAGUGGAGUAAUUAAAGACAACAGUGACUGCAGAUCUGACACAGUCAAAUUUGACUUUCUCUAUGAAUGUCCAGAUUAAUCAUUUACUGCCAAGUGUAUAUACAUUUUUAAAAUGUGAUAUUAUCUUUCUGUGGCCUGCUCAUUUAAACAUUGAAGAAUAUUUAAUGUUUAUCAUUGGCAUCAUCACUAAAACUUUCACCAAGGCAAGAAUUUACUGAAAAUACAGCAAAUAAAUGAAUCCAGGAAUAUUUUAAUAUACCUCUUAGAGGAUCAUAUAGUAAAAGAGUCUUUCGCACUCUCGCAUCAUUAGGUUCACAGAAGAGCAGUCUUGACAUCUACUGGAAACGCGAGUACAGAUUCUAGUCUAAAUUAUGAAAACUUCUUUUAACUUUAAGCCCUUUAGAUCAGAGUCUGCAUUGUGUAACUACGUCUGCGUUUGUAAUUUCUUCCUUUUUAGACGAAACACAAAAGCUUUGGGCAUCCAUGAAAAACCACCUAUAUCAAAAGCACAAGUAAUGCCAGUAUUUAUACUGAAGAGAGGCUCAAAAACAAGGGAAGACUGUCCAUUCUGUCUUGGCUCAUUUGGUUAGCUAAUGGCUAUUCCCAGUACAUCAUCCAGCUGUUUCUUUAGAUAAAACGCAGGUUCCACUUCAGCAGUGUAACUAAGUAGUUUUUCUCUUCCCGUAUUAAAAUACAAUGAGGUCCUUUACCAUUUGAAGUAGCAUAAUUAAUCUCGCUUGACCAAAACUUGAGUUCCUUUCUUUUUGCUCAAUAUCUGUUAUCUCACUUAAGAUAUAAAAAUAUGCUUGCCAUAGCUACAGGAACAUACUGUAAUUAUAAUAAGCAGCAGACAUGAACAUGUGAGGCUUCCAAAGAGAGAAAUGGGAUUCAAAUAAAAAAUGUGACUUUGGAAGCAGGUUAUAUUACAUAAAUUACAACCGUUCUGUAUAGUCUCAUUCUCCCUGAUGACUGGCCUGUUACUUACUUUGCUACAAGUGAAAAAUUGGUAAAUUAUUUAUUUUUGAAGUUUUUUUUUUUUACAUUUUAUGAUAACAUGAACCAA